AUGGGUGAACCGAUAGUACUCAUCCUGUCGGCGGACGCCACCGUCCAGCCGGAAAGCAUUGUCGAGCGGAUCCGCAAGCACACGAACGGCCAGGACCGUAUCACGCUCGGCGAUGCGCCGGAAUCGAUCGGCUUCCCCUACCAGAUACACACCAAGUAUUACGAUACGCAGGUGGUGCUGUGUGCGCACGGUUCCGCCGACCUGUCCACAGUGCCCAGUGCAAUACUUAAUCGCACGGAGGGCAUGCUGAUCUACUUCGAUGCGAAGGAUCGCACGUUUCUCGACCGGCUGCCGGCGUACGGGGCGUUCGUGCAGCAGCACGAGAUCGAGUUUGGCAUACUGCUCUGCUCGACGCUGCAGGAAAGCAGCGCGGUCGGUGUGACGUACGCGGAGGCCAAGAGCCAGUGCACCGUGCUGGACGUGAUAGAGCUCGAACCGAGCGCCGAGGACGAGGCGGAAGGAAGCGAGGAGGUGGCGGGGGCGGUGGAAGCGACCGGGGUGGACGAGCUGAUACAGGCGAUGCAUAAUUACAUCUGGUCCAAUGAACGGAUAAUCGAAGCCGAACUGAACGGGUUCGAGCGACUGCUGACGGAGGUGAUGAACUUCCAGCCAAACACCAGCAACUGGACGCGCAACGAGCGGCUAAUGUACGCGGAAGAGCUGGCGGAGAUGUUUGACGAAAUGUUCGAGGAGGACGACGGUGUCGGGCAUCCUUAA